GGUCUGAUGAUGGGAUCUUGCAGAAAUCGAGGGAACUCUUCAAAUGUUAUAGGCACAUGUAAUGUUUUUAGUGUAUUUUUCAAAGGUACAUCAGUAUUUAUGCCUGAUGGUGAUAACUUUAUGUGGCUGAGCUGAUGAUGGAAGGUCAACUCCUCAAUGGUGCCUGUUCAAAUACCAGGAUUAUGUCACCAAUAUUAGACCCUGAUUCACUAUCUGAAACAUCUUCGAUAGUGCCAAUUGCGAAGGAAAUUAAAAUAAGUACCUAAUAUAGAUAUACUACGUGAUUACGCAAUGAUUCGGGAUUCUGAAUCUGAAACUGAUGUCGAUAUGCAGACAAGUUCGCAAAAUGAGAGCAACGUAAAUAUAAUCUCUAAUAUAAAGAUUUCAGGAUUAUCAAUAUUUCUAAAUUUAGGCGAAGUUUCUGACAAUGAAGUAGUCUCCAUAUCAGAUUUAAAUUCAAUCGACCCUGUGCGCCUUGACCAGGGGACAGAGGAUUAUCCGGAAUUAUUAAACAAAGAGAAGAAACCAAGAAAAAAGCGAAGAAGGGCAUGUCGCAACUUAACUUUAACCCAAAACCUCGAUUCCGAAACUGAUACACAAGAUUUUUCUCCCAGUGAUGGCUCAGAUUUUGCCCCGGAUUCAGCCAGUCGAUUUAGUGAUGACUCAAUGCAAUUUACUAUUACUUAGCAAUAUGCAUUUGUAUGAGAACAACUCCUCGAACUGCUGCAUGACACUUGCAGUCGAGGGUACCUUGCAAAUGCAUACUGUUGAGUGACACCGUCUGCCGUUCCCGCCUGCCGCUGCCAUUGCUGUCUUAUGUGUUUAAACGUGUUAUGCUUAAGUCCAUGUAACUACCACUAUCCACCGCCCUACUCGGCUGUCAAUGUUGGUAUAAUUAAGACCUCAGAUUACGACAAAG